CUCAACCCAACCCAUUACAAGUUCCAGCUGUGGGUCUAAUUGCCAUUGCCUUAAUAGUUCCACUAUCUGCUCUAUUUGGAACGAUCAUAGUGCCAAAAUUUCAGUCAUAUUUCAGACUAACAACAAAGCAAACUGUUAUAUUAUUAAAUGUUUUAUUAUUAUGUAUUCCUGUUUAUGGUUGUUUGGGUUUUGUUUUGCCAUUUGGUGGUUUGAAAUCUGGUACAGAACUUUAUUAUUUAGCUGUUUGGUUUGGUAUAGUUAUCGGUUCUAUUCAAAGCUAUUGUAGAACUUUGUUCAGUGAAUUGGUUCCUCACGGUAGAGAAACGGAAUUUUUUGCUCUGUAUGCAGUUACUGAUAAAGGUUCAAGUUGGUUGGGUCCGACUUUGGUUGCCAUCAUUACUG